GCGUGGAAAGCUAAUGGUUGGGCUUUGUGCCUUCAUUCAUUCUAUCCGUGCGUGGCAACAUGGAUCCACCCGUCGAACGAGUCAAGGGAUGCGAUGUAUCCCAUUGGAAUGGUGUCAUUGACUGGGCCACCCUUAGAAGCCGGACAGAUUUGAAAUUCGUCUUCAUCAAGGCAACCCAAGGAACGACCUACGUGGAUCCCAAGUUUCGGGAAAACUGGGGCGCUGCCAAGAAGCACGGACUAUUUCGAGGAGCAUAUCACUUCUUCCAGUCAGAUACGGAUCCUCAACUGCAGGCAGAACACUUCCUUUCCGUUGUCAGCCCCCAACAGGGCGACUUUAGUCCGACGCUGGACGUUGAGAUUGCAGGGUCCACAACAACAGUGGAAGAACUCACAAGGGGCGUCCGGGUUUGGGUCCAAACGGUGCAGGGUGCCAUUGGAAGGCCCCCCAUGAUCUAUACCAACAAGACUUUUGGGAUAAAUGGGUUCUACCCAAUCAAGACAUUCAACGCUGCCCUCUGUGGAUUGCCGAGUGGGAGCGCAGCCACGAGCCUCGAUUGCCUGUUGGAUGGCACCAGUGGGCCUUCUGGCAAUAUUCGGACAAGGGCACCGUAAGAGGUGUCCCUGGAAGAGUCGAUUUGGACUAUUUCCAUGGUUCUGACAUCGAGUCGAUGCGACAGUGUAUGCUAUGAGUAUGGAAAGAACGGGUCAUGGCUGCUGAAACGGCUUCCGAGCGCUAUCAAUUAGCUAUCUAUGAUAGCCCCUAUGGUCUCUCUCUCGUUCUUAGAAUGAUUCAAUCAUAAUUGAACUAGCCUUUGCAAGCUAAGGGUAUGGUAUUGUCUUCUUCUAUUAGAUGCA